UAUAGGAUGGCACUUCAAGCUAAAGGCCUGUAACCUGCUGAAGGACGGCGAAACCGUCCCUCAUUUCUUCUCGAUGUGUGGAAAGAUGUUCAGCAUGUUUUUGUCCUGUUGUCCUGCAGGUCACGCCAUUUUUAAGAUCACCUAUCACAGUAACCAUGACUACAAGGCUCUGUUCUUUGAGUCUGACGCUGCUACGGUUAACGAAAUCGUGCUGAAGGUGAACUACAUCCUGGAGUCCCGGGCCAGCACCUCACGGGCCGAUUACUUUGCCCAGAAGCAACGCAAACUCAGCCGCCGGACAAGUUUCAGCUUCCAGAAGGAGAAGAAGACGGGGCAGUAGUCUGAGGGAAAGGUUGCUUCCAUCCACCGGAGGCCUGCAGUCUCAUGGGGGGGAUUCAGGACUUCAGAUCCAGAAGGAUCAGAGAAAUGGAGCCGCAUCAGAGAUCAGCUGAUGAUGAUUGGACAGGUUGGUCUGCUGAGCUGCAGCCAGAUGUUCUCUCCAUGGAUCCUGGCAGUUAGGGAACGCAGGAGCAUCCCUGUCAGCAGCUAUGAAUUCUCAUCAUUUUUAUGUAUUGUAUAUAAAGAUUUUUAUAAUCGGGACAUGAAUGGGUGAUUUAGAAAAAGCCGUUUGGCUUUUGACGCGUCUGCCUUGAAUCAAUGCGUUUGGUUCUGCUCUGUGAAAGGAGCAGCAUCUCCAUCAUCCCGUCAGUUUAAACCAACACAGAAAUGUUCCUACAUGAAUGUCUGAGCUUCUGAUCUCUGCAGAGCUUUUUAUUCCCAGCAUGCAGGAAACGCCACCUUUUGCUUUUCCAUGUCUACUUGGACGGUUUGGCAUCAAUAACACAAGAAUAAAAGAACUUCAAG